UAUCACAGCGCAGGUCAGGCACGACUAGACGUAUCUCCUGCCUGACUAGUAUUGCAAAAAUGUCUUCGUUGGUAUCAGAUGGGAAACAGGUUAAUAGCUAGGACCACGGCAGGUUAGGUUAGCUUGCAGGCUAACUGCCUGAGCUGUUUGCGUUGAUGAGUGAGUGCUCUCCGGCGUCUCGGAGCAGAGCUGUACACUGUUCACUAGCUGCAUGUGGUGCUGCUCGUGUUUUUAUUUCUUGACUUGACAUCGACAUGGAACUGUUUCAGGCGAAAGACCAUUAUAUUCUCCAAAGUGGAGACAACGCUCUGUGGUGCAGCAGGAAGGACGGCUCGCUGUCCGUCAGAGCCGCAACUGACCUGCUACUAGCUUGGAAUCCAGUAUGCUUGGGACUGGUGGAGGGUGUUAUUGGCAAAAUUCAACUUCAUGCUGACUUUCCUCUGGGCCUGAUUUUGAUUCGCCAAAAAGCACUCGUUGGCUUGCUGCCAGGAGAAAACAAGGUGUACAAGAUCACAAAAAUAACUGUUAUCCCACUCUCAGAAGAUGAACCACAGGAUCUGGAAUUAGAGCUUUGUAAGAAGCACCACUUUGGGAUCAACAAACCAGAGAAAAUUACCCAGUCUCCAGAUGACUCUAAGUUCCUGCUAAAAACUCUGAGUCAAAUCAAGUCCAAUGUUGGGGUUCCCAUUAAGAAAAAGGUCAAAGAGAACAAAGAAAAAGAGCGCCUAGAGAAGAGACUACUUGAUGAGCUCUAUAAGAUAUUCAUGGACUCUGAUUCCUUUUACUACAGCCCCACUUAUGAUCUUACAAAUACAGUACAGAGACAAGGAGCCUCAGAAAAGUCUGAUCUGCCCGUAUGGAAACGGGUAGAUGACAGAUUCUUCUGGAAUAAACAUAUGAUACAAGACCUAAUUGACCUACAGGCUCCUGAGGUGGACUUUUGGGUGAUACCUAUAAUCCAAGGCUUUGUGCAAGUGGAGGAGCUGGUGGUGAACUAUAACGAGAGCCCAGAUGAGGAAAAAAGCAGCCCAGAGACACCACUUCAGGAGCAGCACACCUGUGUAGAUGACAUUCACCCACGCUUUACUGUGGCUCUCAUUUCCAGACGCAGCCGUCACCGUGCUGGCAUGCGCUACAAACGGAGGGGAGUGGACACUGAUGGACACGUGGCCAACUAUGUGGAAACAGAGCAGCUAAUCCAUGUGCAUAAUCACACGCUGUCAUUCGUGCAGACACGUGGAUCUGUGCCUGUGUUUUGGAGCCAAGUUGGGUAUCGAUACAAUCCCAGACCACGUCUUGAAAAAGGAGAGAAAGAAACCGCUCCCUAUUUUUCCUUGCACUUUAAGGAGCAACUUAAAAUUUAUCAGAAACAGGUCAUAAUUAAUCUGGUGGACCAAAAUGGGCGUGAGAAGUUGAUUGGUGAUGCGUACCUUAAACAGGUGCUGCUCUUCAACAAUCCCAACCUAACCUAUAUCUCGUUUGACUUUCAUGAGCACUGUCGAGGGAUGAAGUUUGAGAACGUCCAGACGCUCACUGAUGCCAUCUCUGACAUCAUUACAGAUAUGCGAUGGGGCUGGGUGGACCAAGCUGGAGUCAUCUGUACACAAGAGGGCAUUUUCCGUGUUAACUGCAUGGACUGUCUAGACAGGACUAACGUAGUUCAAGCGGCCAUUGCACGUGUGGUCAUGGAAAAGCAGUUGAAGAAACUGGGGGUGAUGCCCCCAGAACAGCCGCUGCCCCACAAAUGUUACAGGAUCUACCAGGUGAUGUGGGCCAACAAUGGAGACAUCAUCAGCCGUCAGUAUGCUGGCACAGCUGCUUUAAAGGGUGAUUUUACACGCACAGGAGAAAGGAAACUGGCCGGAGUGAUGAAAGACGGCGUGAACUCAGCCAAUCGAUACUAUUUAAACCGAUUCCGUGAUGCAUACAGACAGGCUGUCAUUGACCUCAUGAUGGGACUCCCUGUUACUGAGGACCUGUAUUCUAUCUUCAGUAAAGAGAAGGAACAUGAAGAGAAAGAAAAAGAGAGCCAGAGAGGAGCACAGGAACAGGUCAGCCUCCUCCUCCAGACCUACAUGCAGCUUCUGCUGCCAGAUGAUGAAAAGUUCCAUGGAGGCUGGGCCCUCAUUGAUUGCGACCCCAGUCUUAUUGAUGCAACACACAAAGACGUGGACGUUUUAUUACUCCUGUCCAACUGUGCUUAUUAUGUUGCUUACUAUGAUGAGGAGGCAGAUAAAGUUAACCAAUACCAGCGUCUUGGUUUAGAAGGCUUGGAAAAGAUUGAAAUAGGCCCAGAGCCCACUCUGUUUGGCAAACCCAAAUACUCCUGCAUGCGUCUGCAUUAUAAAAAUGGGGAGGUUAGUGGCUAUUUCCACACCCUGAGGGCAGUCACACGGAACCCAGAAGAUGAUGGAAAAGACACCUUGCAAUGCAUAGCAGAGAUGCUUCGCAUAACUAAGCAAGCGAUGGGACUUGACGUGCAAGUGAUAGAGAAGAAAUUGGAAAGGAAACACAGCAAACCUCAUGAAGACAUUAUGGGUAUACAGGGAAAAGCCAGUGAGCCAGUACUUGGCUCAGGCUUAGCUCAGGGCAAAAGUUUUUUCUUGAACAAAUUCUCAUCCUUAAACCAGAAAGUAAAACAGACAAAAACUAAUGUAAACAUUGGAAACUUUAAGCCACUUGGUAGACUUGAGAUGAAGGUGAACUUUCUAAAGCCCAACAUGAAGGUAAACCUUUGGAAAUCAGACAGCAGUUUGGAGACAUCUGAUGGAAAUCCAGGCCCUGGCGCAAUGAAGGACCUUUGUAAGGAGCGUUCAGAUCUAGAGAUCUCUGAUGACUCUGAUUCUUAUCACUCUGAUGAGCAGCCAUGCUCAGGUUCCAUGGAGAACGUUGACUAUGUGCUCCCCAGUUGUGGGAUUGUAGCAUCUGCACCUCGGCUUGCUAGCCGGUCCCAGUCUAUUGGAAGUGUUGAACUUGCUGUUCCCUCUAUUAUUCGUGUCACCAGUUGUGAGAACACAGUCGGGGACAGCUUAUCAGUUGAACCAAACUCUCAGUCCCCUGACGCAGCCUCAGAAGCAGAGGAGGCCAUCUUAAUUGACUUUGGGACACCAAUUGAUGCUUACUGUCACCAGUUUGUUCACGAUGCCCAGACCAAACCAGUAGAGGUUUUUGAAGAACGCCCGGUGCUGCCAACAAACCCACAAGCACCAGAGGGUCUCAAAGCUCCUCCAGGUUCAGUCUCAAAGCCAGAUACCUCAGACUCCCAGCAGCAGCAACUCCCUCGUCCAUCUCAGCUCGAUGUGGAGCCUUCAGUCUCAGGAGGAAAACUCCUCACAGUCCAGCCUCCAGGUUCUGCCGCAUCAUGUAGCUCCCAAAAGAGCAUUGGCUCCAUCUUGGAAGGGAGUCUAGGACCUUCUCCAGCAGACAGUAAUGGGAGUCGUGUGGUGUCCCCCUUUGCUAAGAUUAAGAGCUCUGUGGUGCAGGUGGCAAGCAUGACCCAGGCCGGACUCACUCAAGGUAUCAACUUUGCUGUGGCAAAAGUUCAGAAAAGUCCAGAGCCUGAAGCCGUCAAUGAAACGCAGCAGAAUGAAUUGCGAGCUAUGUUUACACAGUGCCAGACUAGGAUCAUUCAGAUAUAAUAUGCUUGUUUGGCCUCAUACUGAUGCAUUUUUAGUGUAGAAUGUGACUUCUAGCACAGUAGCAGUAGCAUACGUUUGCACAAAAAAAGUGUACAGUCAAUUACUCCAUAUUUCUGCUCCAGUUACUGUAACUGAUGUUUACAGCCAGUGUUGUGUAGUAUGUAUAUAGUACACCUAAGAUGAACCUGACUGUGCUCUUAUUUCGAGUGAAAUCCCUAACAUUCAUACAUUACUGGUUUUGCAUGUUGAGAAAACUUGAUUGGAGCAAGCAAGUUUUUUCGCUGUGCAGUACUGUUCUUUGCAUCUGUUGAGUGUUGUAGCUAUAGCCGAAGUGUGUAAUAAAAAAAAAAAAAAAAAAAAAGAAAUCCCCCAAAAAACAAGUCAGGCUCUAAUAUCUGUUGGAUAGGCAGCUCAGUAUUAGAUGUUAGAAAAAUAGGAAAGCAAACAAAGCUCCAUGUAGUUAAAGAAAUACUUGUGGUGUUACAUCAAUAGAAAUGUAGGACCAGAAAUCUACAUUAUUCGCAUAUGGUUCACAGUCUUCACAAGUAGAGCCGUUCACUGAAUAUAUUUAGAAAAAAACAUAUAUUUAGAUAAAACUGAUUGACUGUGCUGAUAUAGAAGUUUCAACUUUAGAUGGUUAUUUGCGGCACUUUGAAGUCCUUACUAACAUUUCUCUCUCUCUCUCUCUUUUAAUUAGUGCUUGAAUUUAAAAGGGUUUGUGUAAAGGUACAAUAAGUAGAAGAUACAUAAAAACUUGAAUAUUAUUAUUAUUAUUAUUAUUGGCAGUAAAUAUCAGGUGGAACAUUAGAUAAACGUGCAGACUCAGAUGGACCACCUCCUUUCUCUUCUUGCUUGGGAUUUUAUUGUAUAUUGUGCUAAAUACAUGUAAUGAUGUUUUUAUUCCUUGUGCUGCUAAAAAAACAACAUCCUACAACUUGGUAACAAGACUAAUAAGCGAAAUACUUAUUGUACCUUUAAUAUUGUGGGGAAAUUAAUUAAUAUUAUUUUCUAGAUUAUGCAAGUGACCUGCUUAGCUUGUCCCCUUAGAAAUGGCAUAGGUUAAUGAAUAAGUGGUCUGUGUCUUAAAUUAUACUUGUAAAAUGUUUCAUUCUUUCAGAAGGGUUUAUUUGCAAAGCGAACCUGCAUCAAGUAUUUGCUUGACAAAUAUAUUUUGAUAUUCAAAAUAAGUAUACAUAAAUAUUAACUUCAUAGUUGUCUGUGUGUAAACAUAAAUAAGUAAUAAUUUUAUGUAUAUAUGAUUACAUACAAUACCUUAACUGCUUUAUGCUAUUAUUUGAUGCAGGUCAGAUGUAAAGGACCCAGGCCAAACAUAAAAACACUGUAACACUGUAAAAUGCUUUUUGCACUCAUCUAUUUAUUUCCAGAGUCUUAUCAUAUUAUUCGGUGCAGGUAUUUUUCAACAAAUAUAACUUUAUAUUAAAUGUAAUUUCUUUUUCAUUUUUUUAUUCAGGUUCUUUUGCUGCAUCUUGACUGUAAUAAUUUUUGGUUUUGCCCAUUUAUAUAUUCAUGCUCAGGCUUGAGGUAUGACCAUUAGCAUGCCUUAAUUGAAUUUAACGCAGGCGAUCAGACCCAUGUGAGGGGAUUCCUUAAAUCUUCCCACAUUUAUCAGAACCAAGAAAUACACAUUGUGUUUAUAAUAAGAUGCAUCAAAUUUUAUGAGUUUUAAGUUUAGUUACAUGAAAUGAAAUUUCUUAUACUUACUAAUAUACAACGAUCAACCAUAACUUUAAAACCAUCAACAUUAAAACUAACUACGUUUUGGGUUCCCUUUCUGCCACCUGGGUGGCUCUGGGCUCUUAAGGUAGGGCUCCAAAAGACCUCUGGGGGUGUGUGGUGGUGUCUUUCCCCAGGACGUUAGUGGCGGAUCCUUUUGGUGCUCUGGGAUUAGUGGGGCCUCCAUAGAUACAACUUGUUAUUCGGCGUAUCACAUGAAUGCUGGAUUGGAUUGAGAUCUGGUGAAUUAAAAGAAAAAAAGAGUCUCUUUGCCUGCUAAGCCUUGUGUGUGGCAGGCUGUGAUGUGCUGGGUGUUCUGAUAACUUUCUGUUAUGGUGAGCAUUUACUUUUCCAUCAGUUUAUGGUUCACUGGCUUUCCUUUGCUCCAUGUCGGCAUGGAUGUCUGCCCAUGAACCUGUUGCCAGUUUUGUACAAAAUAGAUAAUCAAUGUUGCUCAUUUCAACUGGCGGUGGUGUUAUUGUUAUGGCUUACUGGUGUAUUUUACAACUGACUUGAAUUGUAUGAGUUUAAACUCAUUAUAAUGACAAGAUAUUCUUGUACACGUAAAUAAUGAACAUAUGACUUGAAUAGUUGGAUUACAUGCAUAAAAUGAAUCUGACCUAAAGGGGUUUAUAGAUUAAUUUUUUUCUUUUUAAUUUUUUAUAUUUUUAGGACCAAAUAUAUCACUAGCAUUGUGCUAGGUAAAAGGGUAACUAUGACUCUAGCUUCAUUUUUUCUUUUCCAUUCCUUUGUGGUGGAUAUUGCAGUAGUUUCAGAUGUAAUCUCUCUCAUUUGGACUGAGACACUUUGAACUCGAUGGAAUUUUUUUAACUAGUAAUAUUAAGCUGCACUGGUACUCAAAAUAUCUUUAUGCUGGAUACUUUUUGGUAAUAAUCCCUCAUGUUUGUUUACUAUUUGUACAAACCAUUACAUGAAUACAGAAUAACAUGCAUUAUAUGCCAGAAUGCUUCUUUAAGCAGUAUGCAUAAUGGAAGAUUAGGUCUUACGCAGUCAAAGGCUCACUUUGACUUCUUUGGGAUUUAUAAUAAGAGCUGCUAAUUAUAGCAUGCUCGAUGUGUGGUUCACUAAAGUAAAUGGUUUAUAAGUGUUUUUUUUAUAAACCACUAUCUUGAGGAUCAGACAGUAUAACAAGUUAGAUGGUCGAGUUGCUGUUAAAACUCAAACGCAGACAAAAAUAUGAGCAG